AUGUCACUGCUUGCCUUCGCCCAUCUCUACUGCCACCCCCAAGCAUCUCCGCCUCGUCCUUCCCAUCCACGCCCAGUCCACUCCCCUCAUCUCUCGACCGACUCGACCGACCCAGACAGCCACCACUCAAGCCCGCCCGCCCACACAAUACGCGUCCUCAACCCGCCUGCUACCUACCGCCGCGUCAUCCGCGCUCCCGCCGCCGUCGUCCCGCGCCAGAUGACGCGUCCGCGCUCCCCGUCGCGUAAAUGGCCGGUUCGCGUCCGAUCGACGUCGACGCGCGCCCCUCGCCUUGACGUUCUUGCCCGAGCCCGCCCGCGAUCGCUGACUGCAGCGCAUACACAAGACUAUCGCCCUACGCCUUCCCGCACGCCGCGCGUCAAGACCACCGCCUCGCGCCUCUGCCCCACCCGCGUCCCCUCCUCCGCCUCCCCAGACGCGCUGCCGCCUUCGACAUCGCCAUAGCCACGUCAUCACGCCCCCGAAGGACAUCACUACCCCUCUCCUGCUCAUUCCUGACCCUCCCCCUUCUUUCUCGUGCCCAAUCACCUCCCCCUUCCCUUCUUCGACACGAUCCCAACCCACCCUCUCCCUUCUCGCACCACCUCACCACCUACCCAUACCCUUUCGCGCUUCCCCACCCCUCCCCAUCUCCCAUCAUUCUCCUUUCCUUUCGCGCGUCCCCUACCCCCGCCCUCCUU